CUGGCUGUUCUACAGUAAACAGCCAUGCAACUGUGAAAACAUGUGUUUUACCCUCUAAGAACUUAACUGCUUUGCAAAAUGGCCAGUGAGGAACGCAGCCAGCUGCUCCCUCCGGAGAUGCAGUCCGCAGUCAGACUGUCCCGGAGAAACUCUGUGUCCCUGCCCUGCGGACUGGAAUCAAUGGAGCCUCCGGAAUACGAACCUCAGCUAACACCAGAGAGGACGCGGCAUCACACUGGAGAUGGUUACGACACAAGCGACACUUUCAGCGAUGGGGGGGUUACUGAGGAGGACAGUGAACCCGAACAAACCAAGACUCCAGCUCGCAGUAUGAGAAAGAAGUCCAUCAAACCGGCUCCUGACAGUGGAGAGUCGGAUGAUGAAGUCAUUGACGUUCCGUCCGACUCUCCUGCUAACUCCAUGUCCAGCAUCAACUCCAUGAACUCAAUCUCUAGUCUACUGAAGGAGAAGUUGCUGAUGACAUUUCCACGAGGGAUCCGACAGAAGAAACCCAAAGAGUACAAACUUCAAGGGUUUGUCAGCCUGAUGUUCCUAACAGUUGUUUUCCUUGUUGGAUUUGCUCAUGUCUUUUACCAUCAGCAAGUAUUACAGAGAGCAUACUUUGAUAGAAUAAGAUUCAACAACAUGGAGAGGCUGGUGAGAGUGUUCAACUUUGAAGGACAAGAGAUAGCUCUAGGAUACCUCGGCACCGAACUGCCAGAAACCUACAGAGUGUUCGACUGUCUGCCUCAACAUGAGAGAGACGACGGGUCUGUAUGUAUGGAGUGGAUGAACCUGGCCAGACUCUACCUGAGUUACUCCGAGCAGGCCGGACUGAGAUGUUACCACUUUGAUUGGCUCAGUCAGGAUCCUAACCUCCGACCUACAGACUGUUACGAGGACGGGGACAACUACGGUCAUUGGUACGGAGGUGGUCGUACGCUAGGCAUGGAAUGGCCAGUGGAGUUGGGUCGAGUGGAGAUGUCUGCAUUUGUGACAGGACAAGUCGGUCGACAUCGCUGGGGCGGAGUGUUGAGGAGGUAUUUCAUAAACUCGAGAGGCGUUGCGAUUUCAGUUGAUCCUGACACACCUCUUUACGUCUCCAUCAAUGCUGAUAAGUCCACCAGACUUUGCCUUCAGGGUCGGCACGAUGAGUUUGCUUACAUGUCUUCACGAGGACUUCCGAGGCUCAACUACUCCAUCUGUACGUCUCGUAACAUGAAGCUGCUCCACUCCUCCCUCUCCGAGAAGUCUCUCUGGGACGGACUCCGUGAGGAAGACAACUCGGUCAUCAACAGUCUGUUGACGGAGCCUGUGUGGCAGAUCGCACCGCAGAACAAGCACCAGAUGAUUGAACAGCUGAUAGUCAACUACACUGAGGACGUCAUUGCUCUAGGAUUCCUCCGUCAGGGUCACGUUCUGUUAAACGAGUUUUGGCAGGGUGAGGUCGGUGAUUUCACUGUAGACAGAGAUAGGUUUCCUACGAUGCAGAAAACAAUCGAGAUAAUUCACCGCAGGGGGUUCAGAAUUGCUCUUACAGUGCAACCUUUCAUCGGUACUGAGUCCAAGAACUUUGCUGCAGCUGUGAAGAAUGGACUACUGGUGACAGAGCGAGGAAUAGACCCGUCAAGGCGUAUCCCAGCUUUGACAUCGUACAAGUCAGUGGCGAGCGCUGGCAUGAUAGACAUCACCUACAAUGACAGCGUCCCCUGGCUUCAAAGACAGCUGCUUCAACUGGUCAAGGACUAUCAGAUUGACUCCUUCUAUCUGGACACUGGAACGGCCUACGACAUGCCACUCCACUACAGCAUGCACCGUAACCUUACAAACCCUGACGAGUACAAAGCAUUGUUCACCACCGCCAUCUUGAAUGCAGUCAGUGUGAUUGGAGUGUCUGGUGCGAUCAGCCGACCUCCGGCUCCCAUCUUUGUAUCUCUUCCCUCCCUCCCUUCUACAUGGGAAUCUCUGCAGGUCAUCAUUCCAACAACACUUACUUUUGGAAUCAUUGGCUACCCUUUCCUCAUGCCAGGACCUGUCGGAGGAGAUUUCAUUGUGAAAGACCCGUUGAGAUAUUCCAGUUCAGGUAACCAGUCCUCGCCUGACUUUGACUUCACCUUGGAAGAGUUGAUGGACAAGGGACUACCCAACAAGGAGCUGUACAUUCGUUGGCUGCAGCUUGCAACGUUCCUACCAGUUAUACGCUACUCCCAUCUGCCAAGCGAGUACAAAGACGACGAUCAGGUCUUAGAACUGGCCAAGACACUUACAGCUCUACGUCAAAAAAUGGUAAACCCUCUCCUGAAGAAGUACGCACAGGAGGCCCUAGACUCUGGCACUCCUCUAGUCCGACCUCUUUGGAUGUUAGAUCCUAGCGACUCGGCUUGUCACCUGGUCAAGGACGAGUUCUCAGUCGGAGAAGAACUCAUUGUCGCUCCCAUCCUGCGGCCAAACACUCACGAGCGAGAGGUCUACCUGCCAGCAGGAGUUUGGAAGGACGGAAUAGACGGCAGCCUUAGAAAAGGUUCUCGAUGGAUCCACAGUUAUAAAGUUCCCUUGGAGAAAAUUGCUUAUUUCCUCAAGAUGCCUGAUAACACUAGGUUUUGAAAAUCUAUUUCCUUUAGUAAAUCAAGUCACAGACAUACCUGAACUAAAGUUGUGAUGUUAGUCAAUCAAAUGUUUUUAGAGGUAUUAAAAUUGUAAACAUUUUACUAGUGAUGGUUUUAACUUUUGGUUUCAACCAGCAUUGUGAUAAAUAAUAAUGGAUAAGUUUUAACUGUAAGAAUUCCAUGUACAUUUAGACUGUUGUGUGAUAGUGUUGCAUUUUGUAAAUAAAUUUAUUGUGAUUUUUUCAUUCAA